CAUAAAUACCGACCUCCGGCAACAUCAGAACUUUACAAAAGCAGUGAGUGCAGCAUAGUCUUUGAAGAAGCUGGUUCACAUAUUGGAAGCGGCCGGCAGUGGCGCUCUGUUGCGUACGAUGCGUCGGCAGAUUGGUGGAUGUGUGCAGAGAUCACGGGUGAACAAGCGCUUGUUGGAUGAUCUUGGAUGAUAUCUUUGUUCGCGGAACCUGCAUCAUCUCAAGGACCAGCGAUCCCUUUGUGCAUGGUCACAGUGAGCACCGAACCAUUCCGACGGUGAUCGGUGUACGACUUUGAAGGAUGAGGGAGGAGCUGCUGGCCCAGUCAAGGCCCCCAAGUGACCGAGCAAAGCAGCAACAUUGUAGCAUAGGCAUAGGUAUUUGAAAGGACACCGUUCCUUGCCACUUGAAUUUAUGCCCCAACGUUCCAUGGCAUAGGUGGGGGUUUUCCGUCCGUUUUCCGGAUGGCCUUUAUCACCUGAAUUUCUUUUCAUCCGUGCCAUGGGGGCCUCUUCUUCCACCAAGCCGGCCAUUCUUUUGGCCGAUGAACGCGGACGCCUUGAAGAUGUCCGCUACUUCGUGGCGCAAGAUCCUUCCGUUGUAUGGAUUUUCUGACGGCCUGGAAUCUUAACUCGAGAUGAGCGAGUUUCUUGAAGGAGGCUCAAAACGGAGGGGCUAAGGCUAAGGUCUUCUGAGCCGCGUAUGGGCCGAAGAAACGCAGGGUAUGAGGAAUAAAUCCAAGAGAAAUCUAGAAUCCAGGGAACCCCAUUACACCAAAUUCUCCACGACCUCCUUCCACCCCAAAAACUGCACCGUCCCAGCUGGGCCACCAUGGCCCUCCUUAGCCGGUGGCAGCGGCCGUUUGCGGAAAGCCCCGUGGAGCCGAGGUGAGACCGCGCUGCACAAAGCAGCCUGGUGUGGCCAAGACAGCGUGGCGAAGCUGUUGAUCGACUCCAGCGCGGCAGUGGAUUUCUUCCAUCCACCAGAAAAAGCAACAUGAAUGGUGGGUCUGGAUUUGUACUGGCCUCAGUGGGAUGGGACAGGAUUGGAGGGAGCCGACUUUGAAAAAGGAGAUGAGAGAAGGGCGAAUCGGAAAGCGCCUGCGUAUCAAAGAGCUUACUGUGAAGAUGCUAAAUAUACAAUUUUGAAGACAUAGAAGUUAUUUCAAGGAUUUUGAAAGGUGAUGCACUUUCCCAUCUAUUUCGCCGUCCUCCUACAGCAGUUGUCUGGUUUGCCUCGGCGAUGUGGUUGCUUUGUGUCUCUGAUUCUAAAUCAUCAUUGCCUGGACCUGAUGGCUUUUUUGAGACAUGAACAAGAUCCAAUCCCAGCGGCUUUGCUGGAAGUGAUGAGCCUUUUGACCAUCGCUUGGGAGAGCAGUUGCCAGAAAACGCCUUUUGCUUCUGCCUUGGGGCCUUUUGGCCGGCUCCAGGCCUUACGCACGGGUCCGGCUCCAGCAGGAUCCGCGGGGGGCAAUUUAGUCCCUUGUCUCUUGAUGUCUACCAGCUUUAUACAAAAGGACAGGAUGACCAGUGGACAGGUAGAUUUCUCUCAGGACUCGUCUGGGGUUUCUCUGAUGUCUACAAGCUUUAAGUUCCCAUCCCAAUGGCUUGGUCCAUGUCUUCGUCCGCGUUGGCUGCACCGAUAACCGUCGUCAUGGACAUCAUUGGCAGACUUGUUGUCGCGACGAUAUGUGACCUGACACUUGUAGUCUCCCUUUGGCUCAGUCUUAUGUAGUUGGGAAGUGUGCAAAACAUAGCGUGGCCAUCCAUGGCCCUGCGAGCUUGCGACUACACCAUCCUAGUCUUGGACCUUGCGGAGGGCUUGGUCACCACUCUGAACCUCAACGAAGAGGAGCAUGGGGCCAUGUACUUGGCCAUUUUCUUCACAUCUUACACAUUUCUUGAUGACUUCUUCCAAGGCUGUAUGAGGUGUACGGAGUGCAAGUGGGAUGACUGCAUCUGGAAGAUUGGCGUGGAAGUUGGGCAGUGCAUCUUCUUCAUGCAGUUCUCUCUUCCAGGCGUCACGCGAGCACUGAUCAUAAUGAUGGUUUUCCAGGUCGCCCUCAAAGUUGCCGGAACUUGCUGGGAUUCGCUCAUCGAAAAGAACAGCGCGGAGAGCACCGGAGGUAAAGCUGAGCCGGGGAAAGCCUUCUUUAUGGGUUUCCUGAGCCUUGUGUUUGGAAUGGCGCUUGGAGUGCUUCCCCUUUUGUUUGCAGAAGGGUCCUCUUUUCAUGAAAAAUGGUAUGAGUGCAUGGUUUGCGCCUUCUUGUGGAGUUUGCGCAUGCUGGAACAGCUCGUCAAUGACGGUGAGACUGCUUUGGUGAGAUGCGCGUUCUGUGUUGUGGCUUUGUACAUCUUCGGCUUCAUUUGUUUGAACCUUGGAGUUGCCUUAUCUUGGUGCUCACAAGAAGGUGAUCUUCCACUCUUUGACCGUGUCUACGGCGUGAUGCUCAGCCUGGCUACGCUCAUUUGCAUUCUUACCUGCAUAUUUGCGUGCGCAAGAGAUCAUUGUGCACCAGCCAAGGCAGGCGAGGCUGCAGCUGAUGGUCAAGUAGUGGGAACUCCAGCCGUCUAAUCCGCCCAUCGGUGAAAAGAGGUGAACUGAGGAGUUGGAUUCUCACCGUUUCACCCGUUAAGAACUGGAGGGCGGCCAGCGCUUUAAGAGCGAGCCAUGGCCUCCAAGCCUCGAGCGAAAAGAGCGAAAAGAUCACCUGUGCCUUUUAACGCGUGGACCCAUUUGC